AUGACCAAGUAUCCAGCUCGACUACAUGCCAGAAAGGUCAUCUCAGAGCUACGUGAGAUCAUUCCGGAGAAUGACAGGACAAAGCGUCAGGCCAUCUUCCUUCAAGGUGCUCCCGUCACAUGUCGUUUUGACACUGACAGGGAACUCCCAUUCCAUCAGGAAGCAAACUUCUUCUACCUGACAGGAUGUGAUGUUCCUUCUUCUUCCGUUCUGAUCACCUUCACCUUCGAUACGUCCGAGCUCAAGCAUGAUCUCUUCAUCCCUCCCGCGGUACCUGAAGAAACCGUGUGGUCUGUCCCUCCGCCUUCACUGGAGGAAGCAAGGGUGACUUAUGACUCGGACGAUAUACAACACACAACAAAACUGUCAUCUGCCAUCCAUCAGGCUCUUAACAGCGACAUAGUACUACAUGUAUUGCCUGUCACACUGGAUUACCCACCCCUUCCCGCUACGAUAGCGAAUUUACUUCGCCCUACAGAGCGGUCGAAUGGAUUCUUAGGACUCUCGCAUACGUCCGAAUACCUCUUGACCGCCCUUCAACGUUCCCGGAUCACCAAGACGUCGUACGAGAUCGACCUUUUGCGUGAAGCCAAUAGGAUUUCUAGUCAAGCACAUGAGGUUCUCAUGCGAGAGCUCGGGAAGCACGCAAACCGCAGGAAAGAAAGUCAGAAAGGGAACAGGAAGGUGCGAACGGGAAAAGAGAUGUUGAGCGAAUGGGAAGUGAAAGGAGAGCAAGAUGCGGCCGCUUUGUUUGAAGCCAUCUGCAAGAGGAUGGGGGCAGGGAUGUCUUAUCUCCCAAUAUGCGCCUCUGGGACACGAGCAAGUACACUACACUAUGUAUGUAAUGACAAGCUUUUCCCUUCGACGUCAAUGCCUCGAAAAUCUGGCGAUACAUCUUGGAUGCCUCGACCUCUUGCACGAGGUUGCUGUGGUUCUGUCCCGGACCAUGACCACACCGUGGCAUCUGGACAUCACGAAGAUUCCUUCAUGCCACAAGUCCUCCUCAUCGACGCAGCCUGCGAAUGGGAGAAUUAUGCUGCGGAUAUUACGCGCACUCUGCCCAUCGGUAACGGGGGUCGGUUCACCCCUCGUCAUGGGGAGAUAUACGAUGUGGUGCUUCGAAUGCAGAAGGAAUGUGAGUCCAUGGUCCGUCCUGGUGCCCACUGGGAUACACUCCACCUUCAUGGCCACAAAGUUCUCAUCGAUUCCUUCCUUGCGCUCGGCAUCUUCACUGGCGAGCCAUCUGUUAUCCUUCAGUCCGGGAUCACGGCGGCCUUUUUCCCUCAUGGUCUCGGACAUGCUAUAGGUCUCGACGUGCAUGAUUCAAGACAAGAGCUCAAGGCUGUUCACCUCAAUUUACCACCAGAAAGUCUUUCCACACCAGCCAAGCUUUACUCCUACUUGCGUAUCCGGCGUCCACUGAAAGUAGGCAUGUGCGUGACAGUCGAACCUGGCUGUUACUUCCCUCCACAACUUAUGGAACUGCAUGGUGUAUGGGAGUCAGAGUACGUCGAUAAAGACAAACUCAGGGAAUAUGUGUCCGUGGGCGGAGUGAGGAUCGAGGAUACGGUGGUUGUCACUGAGGAUGGAUGGGAGAAUCUGACUAUGGUGGUGAGAGAAAGAGCGGAUGUAGAGGCAUUCACGAGUGGAGAGAGAUGA